UGUUUUCUUUAUGUGCAAGGGGGUGGGGGGCACAUUUUCUGUAGCCUUCUCAAAAGGCAUGAGUGCAGCAGGCCACAUAAAAAUGACAGAAAAUGACAAGUGCACCAAUGUGGAGAGAUAUACUGGUGAAAUUAAGGGAGGACUGAGGCCAACUAUGAAAAUCACUAUCAUGGGGGUUAUAUACCCAAACCCCAAAAGUUUUUCAGUGACUUUGCUUUGUGAUCCCGUGGACAAUAACACAAGCAAGGACGUGGGGCUUCUACUUGUAGUCAACUUUACUGAGAAAUCCAUCAUCCGGGAUUCUAGGAUUGCUGGGAAAUGGGGUAAAGAGGAAAAGACCAUCCCCUAUUUCCCAUUUACGGCAGAGGAAUCAUUUAAGAUGGAGCUCUUCUGUGAGCAUCAGCAGAUUCGGAUCCUGCUUGAUGGACGUCAGCUUUGCAGUUUCAGUCAUCGUGUGCAGCCGAUACAAAGAGUGACAGCUUUACAAAUCUCAGGAGAUGUCAAGCUCACCAAGGUGGUCUGAAGAAAGGAAUAAAGAACCCAUCUUGGGACAGUUUUAUGGUAACAGUGCCUUUCCUAUCGCCUGUGAGCUACCUCGUUACUCCUCUUCUUGUGUGCGCCUCUUGAGAUGAAAUCUGGUUCGAGGUGUGUUUUUAAGUUUUUAAGUUUUUCCCCCCUUUUCUUAUAUGCAAACAGAAUUUAUGUAUUGACUUCCUACUCUAAACUGAAGUACAACAGUGACUGUGAGCUCCUGGGACCUUGCUUGUUUAUGCUAUUUACUUCCCACCAUUCUUCAACAGCUUUGAAAAUAUAUUUUGCUUUUAAAAAAUCAUUUCAAAAAUAUAAAUUCUAAAUGUAGAUACAUCUAUCAGCAAGUCAAAAUCAUGGCACGAGGCUGCCCCUUCUCACUUUGACAUUAUAGUGCUACCAUUCCAUGAAGUCACGACUGUGCUUCUAAACAGAGAACCAAAUACAGUUGUGUAUGCAAUGCAUACUGAUGAUUCAAAAAUGUGACAAGUACACAUCCAGUUUUGUACAAAGUAGGCUAAGCAUAUGAUGACCGUCUUUAGGAAGGUGAAAAUAUACACAUGAAUUCAUUAGAAGAACUUGUACACCCCUACUUUGGAAUAGUUAUAUGAAUCUUGACUACAGCUCUUUUUGGAAAUUGCAAGUCUCACUAGCAAAUGAUAAAUAAGCAUUCAUAGUGUGUCUAUACGCCAUUUACAUGCACUACUUUUCAUGCAGCUGCAGUGCUUAAGUCCCUUCCCCUAUACACAAACCAAGCCUAAUUCUGCCUUGAGUUCAACAGGAACAAAAUUAUGCACUUUGCCCCUAUAUCAACCUAACACUGUACUGAGGUCUUCCUUGGAGGUGGCCUUACAGGUACCUCCGUCAGGUGAGGUGCGUGUCAACCAGAGAGGCAGCUUGGUUGUGCAGCCCGUUUACAGAACUCUUUUCUGAAUGAAGUUCACCUGGUGCCAACGGAAGGGUCUUUCUGGCAUCACAAGAAGUGCUUAUUUCCCCAGGCUUUUUAAUGUGUUGUGUUGUGCUCUGUUGUUACAUUUUAACAUCUGGUUGGAGUGAAUUGCCCUAGCACUGCUAAAGUGCAAUAUAUAAAAUUUUAAGACAGAUUUUUUUUAAAAAAAAUCCCUUUAAAAAAGUAUAGGAGUGGCUCGAUUGCAUGCCCCCAUGUAUGGUCAGGAUGGGGAGCACUGACUGGAGGUGCUUCCUGUUUAAGAGGGACAUGUGGGGGGAGCAGAGGUAGACGACCUGCACAAGCCUCUCCCCCAGGGCUUCUGCUACCAUUGCAUGAAGGUAUUGUGUGGGGCUUGAGCUGCAGUGCCAAAGAAAAGAGGUUACAGCAGAAGCGGCUGUAAGAGCAUGAGCCACUGUGGGACUGGACAUGAACUGCUGAGAGCUGGCUGAAUGUCGAGCAGAGAUCCCUGUAGCUGUAGAGCCAAAUAUGCCAAUGAAAACAACCCUGACAUUCAGUACUUGCGCCAGAUUUUUGAGGUCCUUUGGCCAGGACCCCGUCAAUGACCCCCCCCCCCCGAUAUAAUGAGCUGCUAUUGCACCUUGUCCUCUUUCCCAUUACUCCCACUGCUUGCUUAGCAAGCAAAGCACAAGGAUGCAGGGGCCUCUCCUUCUCACCACCACUGCUGUCCAGUCCAAAGCUGGGGGCACGUGAAUAUGGUGGUUGCAGCGGGGAAGAUGAGCGAGUCCAAGGAGCUCCUGUGAGUGGGCCCGGCUGGGGGGGGGGGGGGGCUCUUUGGCAGGUGCUCAAUCAUGCCCACCCUUCCAACAGGCCCUGCUGUAACUGAAAUAUCUUUUAAUCUGGCCAACUGUACAUUUGCCAGACCUCAGCUUCAGGCUACGUUAAGCAAACCCAGGCACUACACAGGCAUCCCCAUCGUUCUCUUAAAGCCUGCAGUUCAGCUCUAUAAAACUGGUUUUAUAGUCAUCUUCUUCCCCCAGGAAAUCCUAAAUUCUGCAAAGGGGUGGGGGUAGGGCUAGCAAAAGCCAUCAGCCGCCAGUGGCCUCCUUCUAAGGAAGCUGAAGCCAAGCACAGUGGUCCCUGAAACUUCUCCUUGCUUGGAUGUGGGGAAAACAUUACAGUAUUGCAGGUUCACCUGUUUCUGACUUUCAAAGGCCAUGCAUGUAAGAAAGCACAGACAGCCGAGAUAGAAUAGGCUGACUGUGAAUUUACAUAAGGCAUUUCUGGUUUGUGACGGUAGCAUGAAGAGUAAGAUGUAAUCACAAAAUGAAUCAUUCUCUUAGGCUGAGCUCAAAGAAUAUAUAAUGCAGUGUAGGGAGGGGCUGCUUAAAAUGCAGCCAUUCUCCUGCAGCAACUGUUGUAGCAUAACAGUCUCUCAUAGGGAUCUGCUGAGCUUCACCACACCUCAGCAAGGCAGCCCAGGAAGAUUUGCAGCUGGAUAGUGCACUGUCAUUGCACUGAAUAGCUGCAUGCAACUGGCUUGCCCCAUGGCUGCAUUUCGAGGCUCCCUCAUCCUGGUAUCUGUGUAAGGGAGCCUUGAGAUAAAGCUCUUGUACAGCUUUCCUAGGUAACAUCAGGGAAGGAAUACAGAGUUCUCCAAGAGUGUCCCUGGAAUAUCAGCAGGUGUUUUGGUGUGAGUAGCUGGAUGCGCAGAAAUAUUCCUUUUUCAAAACUGGAGGUGUCUGAAAAGAUCCUUGGUACUGACCAGCCAGCAACCACAUAUAUCGGCUUUUUGUCUAGUGAUGACUGUGAAGCAUAACUUUAUAUGAAGGGGCUUUCCAAAACAAAGUCACAGGUCAUUUUAACCUUGGCAUGUAAUCUGUGCUUUUAAAAUAAUUAAAAUUUGUUUUGAAGGAAUACCA